AUGCGGAGAAACGUCAACCUGCAGUGGAACAACCUGUGUUGGAUCGGAUUCUGGAAGGGCAUCAUCUUGCAGGAGCGGAAGCAACUCAACAAACGACUACCAGGAAUUCCGGAUUACGCCCGGCAGCACACCUUUUUGCUAUAUCCCCUAGUGUACGUCGUGUGUACUACCCCGUUAGCCGCAGGGCGUCUUGCCUCUAUGGCAGGGCAUGAAGUAUCCUUGGGCUACUUUUGCUUCGCAGGAGCAAUGAUCGCCUGCAAUGGCUGGCUAGACGUGGCCCUCUACUCUUCGACGCGAAGGUCGAUCGUCUUCUCUUGUGACGGCCCACCUUCACAGGAGACUGGUCUGGAGACCUUUUCCUUCAUGUGUUCCCAGCCUCCGAAGUUCGGUAACACCACUAUUGUGGUUGGCGGCAUUGACCGCCCAAGGCAGAGACGACGCGAUAAAUGGAGCGAGAAGAUUGCCCUGAAAGGCACAAAACCAGGCAGCCUCAAAGGCCUCGGAGUCGACGCAAACACAAGUACAGACAGCAUGAGAGGAUUUGGUAUGGGAGACGGCUCGGUUAUGGGCAUGGCUAUUCAUUGCGAAACGGUCACGACAGUAUCUGUGGAGGUCAACAAGACCCCGCAGGUCACACGACCAAAGCUUGCGGCGUUAGGCAGGAAAGGGAGUGAUGCGAGUUCAUUCAGUGCGACAUCUACGGCCAUGUCAUCAAGGUCUUCUGGGAUUUAA